GUGAUCUUUUGUGUUGAAGAGCUUUGGGUCUGUUAAAUCAUGUUUGUUGUGGUAAAUGCUGUCGAAAGGUAGAGGAAAACGUUUGCAGCGCGCUUAGGAGUUUGAUGGCAUAUCUGCUACAGAAGUAGUGUCCGUGCCAGUAAAUUGAAGAGAACUUUUGAUAAUACUGUUAGCAGAAUGUCAAAGGCACCGUGUGAGGUUUCAAAUAAUGUGCCAAGUAACGAGGAAAUUAUAGCGGAAUUAACUAAAGAUCUGGAACAGUGCGCAGUUAAAACGAAUUCUGUGAACGGUGACACACCUUCUACACUAGAGCAUGGUAGUGUUGACUCUAUAUUGACUACACCAGUAAAUUGUGAUGGCGCAAUUAUCAGCAGUGUUUCGGACGAGAAAGCGAAAGAAGGCAAGGUAACAGAUGAUGCUUAUAGGUCGGACGAUGAUGAAUCAAUCCUGCACGACGAUUAUGAUACAGUUGAUGAAGAGGCUCUUAAAAUCGCAGAAGCUACUUAUUCGGACGACGAGAAGAAGGAAAGGAAAGAUGAAGCAGAGAAAAUAAAAUUAUCUGCAAAUGAUUUGUUUAAAGAAGGCAAACACAAGGAAGCUGCUUUAAAAUACACUCUCGCCUUACGGACUUGUCCACUAAAGUAUGAGCACGACAGAGCCAUCUUAUACUCCAAUCGAGCAGCAGCAAAAAUUAAAAUGGACUUGAAGAAAGAAGCUGUUGAAGAUUGCAGUAAAGCCAUUGAGCUAAAUCCAACAUAUGUGAAAGCACUCUUGCGUAGGGCACAGGCACAGGAGUCACUAGAGAAACUUGAUGAAGCCUUUGAGGAUUACAAAAAAAUACUUGAGAUUGAGCCAAGCCACAAAGAAGCAAAGGCAGCUGUUCAGAGAUUACCAUAUGAGAUAGAACAGAGAAAUGAAAAACUGAAAACGGAGAUGCUAUCAAAACUGAAGGAUUUGGGUAACAUGAUACUUCGACCAUUCAACCUUUCAACUGAAAAUUUUGAACUCAAGAAAGAUCCAAACUCUGGUGGCUAUUCCGUUAAUUUUAAGCAGAAUCCAAGAUGAAAAAUUGUGAUAAUGAAUGUAAUUUAUUGGCACAUGGACUGUUGUACAAUUUUAACAGUCCUUUCUUGUGACUGCAUCUUUCUGUGAUAUAUUAUAUGAUAUUACAAUAUGCACCAAAAUAAAUAAAAUCUAAUCAUGAUGCUAGUCAGUGAAAGCUAAUUUUGAAGAUACAAGUCAGGACCAUUAUUGCUUGUGAGACCAUUUUAUUAAGUUCAUUGUUUUUAAGACACAUGUAGUAUUAGCUAAAUAGUAGGGCUGUUGGUGUAAUAAGAAUCCUAAUUGUAAGUGUGAUAAGUUAGUGUUUUCCUUCAGCAUUUUCCUUCAGCACUUCAAAUUAGUUGCAAAUAUGUACUUAUUGUGGAUUUGGCAAAUAACAGACAAAUAUGACUUCAUUGAAGUAUUAAUGUAGAUACCGUAUUUACUCGAAUCUAAGCCGCACCUGAAAAAUGAGACUCGAAAUAAAGGGGGAAACAAAAAAAAAAGUUCCCGAACCUGAAAUUUGAGACUCAAAAUUCAAGGGGAGAGAAAAGUUUUAGGCCGCACCUCCAAAUCGAAACAAAGUUGGUCCAUUGUAAUAUGAGACACAAUUUAGGUCAAACGAAUGACGAUACAGCUACAUUAGUUUGGUUAGAAUCGUAAGCUUAGCAGUUAAGCUUUACCAGGUAGCCAUUGCUAUGCGUCAGGCGCUCCGUCCGUAUUUAUACGGGUACCCUUCCUUUUUCACGUGCUUCGUCUGGUUUGAAUCGAUUGCUUAUUUUCCUUUGAUCUGAUAAGUGCCAUUUUCUUUGUUAUAUGUGUUUACGUCACUCCAAGCUGAAAAUGCAUUACUGUACUGUGUCAUGCAUUGUUUGUCGCAUUCCGAAAGUGCGUGUUUAUGGCCUGUCGUCGCUCGCGGCAUGGCUUGCUUUUGGGGCAAAAUUUUUCUCCGUUUGAAAAUCUUUGCGGCUGCUUCGUUAGUACAUCAAAUUCUGAACAGAAAUUAGAGUCAUCUUAGAUUUAAAAAUCUAUUCAGUUGCCUUGCUUCAUUCCUGACUGUAUCACUAUUAGGCAUAAGAAUAAUACGAAUAUAAACAUGACACGAUACGUAUAUUCUUCCGCGUUUGCUGUUGUCUCACUCUAGUUUCGUAGUUUAUUAGGCAGACAGGAUUUAAAUGAGAUAGCAGCAAACACGAAAGAAUACAUGGCAAAAUGUUUACAUUCAUAUUAUUCUUAUGGUGAAGAGAAUACUGCAUGUGAUUCACAUUUCAUCAGGUUCCUAUUAGCAACAAUCUCUUCUCACAGGUAGGAAAAAUUCAGAACGUAGAUUUGGCCAUAUGGACAAACAUCCCAAACAGUCUUGCCAGUCGGAUUUUCGUAGUACAUUGAAAUUCUGCUACAUUUGAAGAUGAAAAAUACGGAAUUUGUAUUUACUUCGUUGGAUAAUGUAUGAAAAUGCAGUGUUCGAAACUCGGGGCGGAGAAAAAAAGCUCGUCUUCCACCUUUUUUUUUUUUUUUUUU